AUGACUAUUGGAGUCCUGCUGAUGAACAACAAUUUGAAUCCUUGGAAAAUGGUAUUCGUUAUUGACAAGUCUAGGCACAUAUUGUGUCUAGUUUUAGACCACCAGCAGAAGGACCCACUGCACCGAGCACCCAUCAAGAAUCCUAAGCACAUUCUCGAUAUCGGUACGGGUAGGGGAUCAUGGGCAAUUGACAUGGCAGAUAGCUAUCCUUCAGCAUUCUCUUUCGCGAUUCUGAUAAAUAUAGCAACCGUUCGCGGCGUUGAUAUCUUUCCUCCGCCUGUCUCUUGGAUGCCCCCAAAUUGCGUCCUUGAAGUCGACGAUAUCCUCCGCGAAUGGACGUGGAGAGAACCAUUCGAUUAUAUUCAUCUUCGUAUUCUCCUUGGUGCGUUUGAUGAUGCCGGCUGGUCCCUGGCAUAUGAUCGCUGCUACAAGGGCCUUAAUCCUGGCGGCUGGAUUGAGCAACUGGAAUUUGAUAUCAAUCUACACAGCGACGAUGGAUCUCUGAAGCCAGAGCAUCAACUUUCCAGCUGGGGCAAAGACAUGAUUGCGUGCGGUGAGCGAGCUGGCCGUCCACUUACCACCCAGAAAACCAUGAAAUCUGCUAUCGAGAAGGCAGGCUUUGUUGAUGUACACGAGCACGUUUAUAAGGUACCCUUGGGUCCAUGGGCUAAGAAUCAGCUCCUGAAGGAAGCGGGCCAGAUUAACUAUCUUGUUUGGACCUCUGGCCUGGAAGGUUAUGCCAUGUGGCUUCUCACCAAAUUCGGAGCGCCAGAGCCGUGGAGUAAGGAAGAGGUUUAUGUUUUUCUUGCUACUGUCCGGAAGGAGUUGUCGGACCCGAGUAUUCACGCAUAUCAAUAUGUUCGACGAGUGUGGGCACGCAAGCCAACGGAGGAAGAGCUGAAAAUGAAGGGAGAAACUAAGACGCCGGAAAAGGAGAUUAAGAGUGAAAAAUAG